GGGAGGGACCAUUAGUAAGCAGUAUCUGGAACUCACGAACACUCUGCAAACUGCUCAGACUUGGCGACCAGUAAUGACUCAAGCAAAUUUUUUAUAUCCUGCUCUGAUGUGAAAAGUUUUCCUGCAUAUUCAUUCAUGGUCUGGACUAUAAGACGGUUGAGGCAAAACUUUCCAACCGCUUUCUUAUCAUAGGCUAUCUUCCAUUUCUCGAAUGGCUGACCCUAAAGUUUUGUCCACCCAGAUUUCGUUGUAAGCGAUUUCUGUUUGUGGGAGUAGUAUAAAAGUAAAGUGUACGCCAUAAAAUCUUUGAUCAACAUUCGAGCCGGAAUCAUCACUUUACUACCGGAGAUACUUGAAAAAGUAAUGGAAAAAACAUAAAAAAUAUGAACGAAAUAAAUCUUGAUGUCAUAUAACAAUCUGAACUCAUCCAUCUACUACCCAACAUGAUGAAUGACGUAAUCUUUAUUAUAUGAGCCUUGGGUGCACCCUAUAUAUACACAUAGACAUCAGAUUCAAUCAUUGAACUGUAGAAAAAAUAAAAUAAAACCGAAAACUUUUACAUCAAGCUAUCAAUUAUAAAUAAUAUUUUGAUCUCGCCGAAGGCUUUAUAUCUAAUGUAAGUUUGGAUUGGUAACUAAAGAUUUUAUAGAUCAUAUUCUUGCUUCGAAAUCACAUGUCUACCGGCCCCUGAAAAUUUGUAUUAAAACAAAUUUCAGAACGCAAUGGCUGCAGCUUCAACAUCUGAUAGUACGGACGACGUUUUCAAGCAACACAAAGUUGUGCCUGACGUCAUACCAGUGGCGCCGAAACAAUAUCUAAAGGUCAGUUACAAAAAUGUAUUGGCUGAAAAUGGAAAGGAGCUAACACCGACACAGGUGGCAGUACAGCCCUCGAUCGAAUGGAAUGCCGAAAACGAUGCUUUUUAUACGAUAAUUAUGACAGAUCCGGAUGCACCAAGCCGCAGCAAUCCGAAAUUUCGUGAAUUUAAUCACUGGUUGGUUACCAAUAUUCACGGAACGGACAUUAGUAGUGGUGAUGUCUUAACCGCGUAUGUAGGGUCUGGCCCACCACAGGGGACUGGUCUCCAUCGAUAUGUUUUCUUAGUAUACAAACAACCAGCCGAAAUACGCUUCCAGGAAACUCGCGUACCAAAAAAUAGUAGUCAAAAUAGACCGAACUUUAGUGCAACGAAAUUUGCGAAGAAAUAUAAAUUGGGUGAUCCCAUUGCAGGAAAUUUCUUUCAGGCGCAGUGGGACGAGUAUGUUCCUACUGUGCAUAGGCAAUUAUCUGGAAAGAAAUAAACUUAAGUGUAGUUUAAAUGCCUCUUUAAAAAAUAAAAAAUUACAAGUGCAUAAAUAACUUAACAUAAGUAUGUACAUAUAUGGUUUUAAAACCCACUUCCAUAGUUGCUUUCACGUACUUUUUAGUGAUCAUUGUGCUGGAGGAUAAUAUUAAGGGCUAAAAUUUUCAGGGAAUUUUCAACAUAAGAAUAAUAUGUCAUUACAAAUAUUAAUACUCCUCGAAUUUCAAUACCAGAACUCACAGAUUGACCGAUAAGUUUUGUAAAAAAAAUCAGCCAAAUGCCCUGGGGUCCAGAUAUUUGGCGCCUGGGUUCUAAAAAAGUUAUAGAUAUGUAUGUAAGUAUACGUAUAUUCGACUUUUUUAUAUAAAUACCUACCACCACUUGUCCAAUUUUCACCCGAACUGGGAUUUAU